AUGACACAGGGCAAGUUGUUACUUGCGAACAAAUCCGCCAAUGGCUCCUCCAGUGGAGAGGCCACGGUGGCACCAGCUCCUCCCAGCUACGAGGAAGCCACGGCAGGCACCAGUGCUCCUUGCUACAGUGAUGCAGAGAUGCUCACAGAGUUCACUUGGGAUGAUCGCAACAUCAGGAGGAUCUUCAUCAGAAAGGUGUAUUCCAUCUUGAUGAUCCAACUUUUGGUCACUUUCGCUAUUGUGGCUAUUUUCACAUUCUGUGACCCUGUGAGGGAAUACAUCCAAUCCAACCCUGGGUGGUACUGGGCCUCUUACGCCGUGUUCUUUGUCACAUAUCUGACCCUGUCCUGCUGCUCUGCACCAAGGAGACAGUUUCCAUGGAAUCUGAUUCUGCUUGCCAUCUUUACCCUGUCCCUCUCCUACAUGACGGGCAUGUUGUCCAGUUUCUAUAACACCAAGUCGGUUGUGAUGUGUCUGGGCAUCACAGCAGCUGUUUGUCUCGUGGUCACAGUGUUCAGCUUCCAAACUAAGUUUGAUGUGACCUCCUACCAAGGUGUGCUCUUUAUCUUCUGCAUGGUCAUGUUCAUCUCUGGCAUAGUGCUGGCACUUGUCCUUCCCUAUCAAUAUGUACCAUGGUUGGAUUCCAUCUACGCGGUCUUGGGAGCCAUACUGUUUACCAUGUUUUUGGCGUUCGACACGCAGCUCCUCAUGGGAAACAAGAGAUAUACCAUAAGUCCAGAAGAGUAUGUCUUCGCCACUCUCAACAUCUACCUGGAUAUUAUUUAUAUCUUUUCCUUCUUCCUCCAAAUCUUUGGAACCAAACAUGAAUAA